AAACAAAAACUCGCUAACAUCACAGUGCGCGUGUAUCGCCGACCGGGUGCUCAUGUAAUCUUUUCCCAUCAUAAGUAAAAAUCGCAAUUUUGUCAGUAAUAUAGUUCCGUAAAAAAACAUGAACACGCUUCGAAGUUUAGUGCUGGCGCGGCACUACCGCUUGGCAUCGAUUCGUACCGUGGCAGCAUCAGUGGUUCGACCUCUUUCCGUAUCGCCUUCGAUAGGCAGCUUGUCGAGGCGGAAAUCGCCGGUGGUGCAAACGAGUUUCUGUGGGAGCUUCUCCACCCAAGCCAAUCAUCGAUUCAAGAAAGCCGCCAAAGUAACGGCGAACCCGCUGGACGAACUGAAGGCCGAGGCACUAGCCUACAGGCGUGUUCACAUGGAGCGCCUGAAUCAGAUCCUGGAGAAGCCGGACGAUAUCCCCGUGGAGGGAUACGACUUCCUGCUCGGCUGCUGUGGCAGUUUCCUGCUGGAGCAUCCGGUCGAUACCCGGAUGAAGCUGUUCCAGAACCUGUGGUUCAUGGCGCACCGGGACGGCGGGAAGCAGGUUUCGUUGGAUCGGUGGAAGAUUUUGCUGAGGAUUUAUCGCGAGAAUGGGGUGGAAUUGGAGGGAGGCGUGAAGGAGUUUUUGAAGAGGGUUGAGGUGGACAAGGAUCCGGAGUUUUAUGAGCUGGUUUUGGCGGUGGCUUGCGAGAGAGGUGAUGCCCAUGGGAUGUGGGAAGUGAUGGAGCUGCUUAAGGAGCGAGGGAUGGGUUUGAAUGCAAGGAUAGCAGCGACUUUGGUGAGGGGGCAUUCGAAGGCAGGGGAUAUGGAAGCGGUGCGAACCCUACUAGAUUCGAUGAGUGCGGGAAAUGUUGAAUCUGAUGGGGGAGUUUAUGGAGAGCUGAUAAUUGGAUGGCUUAAGAACGAUCAAUUGGAGAAGGCUCAGAAGUUGAUAACAGAGAAGGGAAGCCUGCUAAGCGAGAAUCACGUGAUUGAGGCCCUGAAGGAAGCUCUGGUUAAAGGACAAACGGGCGUUGUCAAGUCCCUAGCAAAGUUGCUUCCGGAAGCCGUGGUUCAGGAUUCAAGUAUAGAUCCCCUCAUCAGAAAUCUGUGUUCGGUUUUGUAUCGCGAAGGACGAUACGAGUCUGUGAGGACAUUAUUGGGAGAGCUCCCCGUUCCAGAGUUCAAGCUGAACGAGAACUACGAUAGCUACGCUGUUCCAUUGAUAUUCGAUCUGGUCAAAAGCAAUGCACCGCUGGAGGAAAUUGUUCUGCUGGUGGAUUUCCUCGUCAAAACUAAGCGAAAUGAGCGAGCUCUGCACGUGGCCUGUGAAUGUGCGGCCAAACACAGCAUCGACAUCUAUCCAGAACUUCUACGAUUGCUGAAGCAACAGGAAGAUCUCCGCCCGCACUAUUUCUGGCCGUUGAUAGUGCAGAACUUUACCAGGAGCGGCGAGGCUGGAGUUAUGGAUGCACUGAAACUGAUGCAGCGUUACAAAACCGAACUGGACGUGGAGACGAUCUCCGUUUUUGUCCUUCCGAAGUUAUCCAUUUCCUUGAAGGACGUUCGAACAUCGCUGAAGCAGUUCGAAGACCGAGGCGUCAAAAUGUCCGUUUUGAUGACCCCAUUUGUAUCGCACUUGCUGUACCAAAAUCGGUUUCAGGACGCAAUCAAUGUCGUAAAGCUCUAUUCCUCCAAAGUCGACACGGAAGCGCUCAUCUAUCCAUUGGUACUUCAAACGACGGUUAACAAAUCUGCGGAACACUUCCAAACAAUGGCUAGCGUUAUAAGCCAUCUCAAAGACAAAGCCCAGAACCCAAAGCAUGAUCUGGCCGGUCAGCUACUCAUGGAAUUGAUCAGCAAUAGAAAAACCAAGCACGAUGUUUCAACAAUCAAAUCCCUUCUCCGAGAGUUCUCAACCCACCGGAUUCGAAUCAGUCGGAUGAGCGCCAACGUCUUGAAGAACCACUUCUCCAAAGCCCAGCAAAUUGAUGCAGGGCUUGAUAAGCUGAUCAACUCGCUGGUCGAAGACAAGCUUACCAUUCCGUCCAAAGAGAUGUUCGACUCCAUAAUCGUGCACCCGAGGGACAUGACCUACGACGAGCUGGAAUGCCACUUGGGCGAGCUGGAAGAGAAGAAGCUCAAUUGUCGAGGCGUUCUCCGUCGACUCCUACAAGUUUGUGUUCGUGAAAAUCGUUUGGAUCGAGCCUUAGAAAUCAAACGGAAAUGUGACGAAGCCAAAGUCGAAUUAAGCUCCGGCAUGCUUGCCUCCGUGUUCGAUCUGCACAUCAAGCGGAAAAACGUGGACGAAGCCGGAAAGACCCUGGAGCAAAUCAAAACCAUGUUCCCGGGCUUCCUGCUCGACGAGCACAAGGUCAUAGACUUUGCUGCACUCCUAGCCGAAAAAGGUUUCCCCUCCACUGCCCAGAAUGUCCUCAAGCAACGAGCGUCUUCCGGACACAUACGCCCUGGAAAUUCCAACAAGAACAUCUGGAACCUCCUGACGAACACCGCUCAAUGGGCUGCUCAACACGACCCCAAGUCCUCCAAAAACCACACUGGCGAAAUGCUCAACUUCCUCGUCCAACUCGGAUACUGCACCUUCGACAACGCCCUCCUUGGCCCGGUCAUUCGCGAAUACCUCCUGAAAAACCAAACCACAAACGCCGUCGCGGAGUACAAGCGGAUCGCCACCGAAAAGCGCCGAACUCCGCUUCAGUUGGAAAUCUUCACCACCCUGGUUCGCCUCACCAACUCGAACGACCCGGAAAUCACCCCCGAUCAAGCUAAAGCCCUCCUCGCAGAGGUCAUCCAGAUAGGGUCCAAGAUCCACGGGGCCACCAACACCAACAACACGCUGAUAGUGGCCCUGGCCGAGGCCGGAACCGAAGCGCAACUGCGCCGGAUUCUGAUCAAUCCGGAAACGCGCGUCAACCACGAAUACAUCCUGACGCAGUGUGAGUUCCUGGUGAACUCGGGUAAGCUGGACGUGGUGCUCCGCCUGGCCAAAUGCGCCCGGGGACUGGCCAACGUGCGGGAGGCGGACUUCCUCGGGGUCAUCAUGAAGCAGUACGCGAGGGAUAAUAACUGUGAGGCGGCCGUGGCGCUUUUUAACCGGUUGCAGGCCGAGGAGGGGGAGCUUAAGAUUAGCGGGGACUUUGCGAGGAAGCUGAUCGACUUGUUGGAGGUGAAUAACUACGAGGUGCCGAAUGCGGUGCGAUUGUAUGCCAAGUGAGUUAGGGUGGAUGAUUUAGAGAGUAGUUCCUAAGAUGUUAAAAUGACGAUUGGAUUGUGUAAUAAACGUAACUUGUUAGUCAU